UUGUCCUUUGCGCGUGCCGUAGAUCAGGAAAUGAAGUGCGAUGCACAGCUGCAAACCCAAACAAAUCGAAGCUGAUUGUUUUUUGUCAAUAAACGCAAGCGAGGAGAAAUGAACAGUCCGGAUAUAAAAUCCGCCAUUAACGACUCCCGCUGUGUAUUUUUUAACACGCAUUCAGAGGAUUAUCGAUGCGCGGUGAUAUUAACAGUGAAAAGAGCCACGGGAACGUUCUCAUUGGUGGGAUGCAUGUUCAUGCUCUUUGUGAUCUGGCUGCUUCGCCGCUACCACUCCUUGGCGCAGAAGAUGAUUCUCAGCCUGACUGUCGCCGCCUUUUUUGACAGCCUAGCAUAUGUCAUGGGCGAAUCCCACCCUGAGGGAUCUCUCUGUGACUUCCAGGCCUGGUGGCUAACAUAUUUUGACUGGAGUGCCUUAGCCUGGGUUUGCCUCAUCACGCUGAACCUUUACUUUAACUUGGUCAGAGAGAAGAGCACCAACACAUAUGAAACGUUUUACCAUCUGAUCGCAUGGGGGGUUCCCCUGGUCAUGUCAUCCUUGCCGCUGUUCAAAGGUUACUACGGCCCAGCGGGAGCCUGGUGCUGGAUCACAGACGAUCACGUAGCCUGGAGAUUUGGGAUAUGGUACGUGCCUUUGUUCACUCUCAUCCUGCUGAUGAUUUGCUGCUACGCCAGGAUAAUCUGUGUGGCCAAUAACCGGAUGCAGUCGUGGCUGGGAACGUUCAACCCGGAGCGAGAGAGACGAAAGGUUUCCCUGGCCGAGGAGAUCAAGCCACUGAAGUGGUAUCCGUCUGUUUACCUGCUGGUGUCUAUCUUCCCACUCAUCAACAGGCUCCACAACGCCCUUUACCCACUGGAUCCGUCGUUCUCCCUCACUCUGUUGCACGUGCUAUCGGCUCCACUUCAUGGCUUGGCCAACGCCUUCGUCUUUGGUCUGGAUCGGGACUGGCGGAGCCUACUGAGUCCCACUGGCAUGCAGCUCGCUCUACAGUCACGGCUGUGUGACAGGACCCGGAUCGGCGAGUAUCACGCCGGGACCGUGCAAUACACCCAAGCCGACUUGGCCGACCUGAGCGACGACGAGGACGACGAAGACGCCAACACGCUCUUCUACGCGCCUAACAUGACCCUGAAAGACCGAGGGCCCUGAGGGAGACAAAGGCGGCGAGGAUCGGCGGCAGGAGGAGGAGCAGGAGGCUUCUUGACAAAGAGAAAUGUGGUGGAUUAGAAAGCGAGAGGGAGGCAAAGGAGGUAGGCAGAGAAUGGAAGGCAAGAUUGGAGGCAAAGUCAGGCAGAUAGAAGCCGGAGAUGAGCUGUCAGGUUCCAUUAUUAAUCCCCAUCCUUUACUAUUUAAUAUCCUAAAGACGCGCGCGCGCACACAUACUGAGCAGGGCCGCCUGCAAUACCACAACCCCGGGACGAAAAAAAAAGCUCCUUGUGGUGUUAAAAAGGCUUCCUUCCGCUGCAUCCCCGAGGUCUUAAAACAUUCCUCAUCACUGCCCCCAGGACUCCCUCAAUCCGCACUUUUGGCACACCACCAAGAUGGAGGGGAGAGGGAAAAAAAGAAGGGGGGAAAAAAACGCUGAAAGGCAAUCAUAACAAGGUGCAAUUACCUUUUCACCUCUCUGCAGGAGAGGUGCUGGAAAAGCAGGCCUUUUUAAAACGUUGGCGCCUGCCGCUCGCUGGCACACGCGCGCAUAAUUCACGCAUUCUGGAGCACGACGACUUCCUCGCUUAUUUAUACAUGAGCCUGGUGCACAGUGGCAAAUAAGCAUCCACGUUUCCUGCCUUGGACAGUAUUUGUUCCUUUUGCCUCAAAAAGCACGCAUGUCAAGGUUGUUGUUUUUUUGGUAUUUUAUUUUCAACUACUGAAAAAAUGAUCACUGUGACUAAAUCUCAUUGCCCAUAAAAAUGUUAGAUUUUUCAAUGUGCAUUCAUUUGAAAAAAAAGCAUUAAUUUCAGUUAUAUCCCCAAAAUACGUUCUAACGUUGGCUAACGUUUCUAUGAAGCUUAGAAUGUCGAAGAAGCCUCACAUUGACACGGGAUGUUGACAUCAGCGUAAUUCAAAGGUUAAUAGCUAAUUUAGCUUCCAUUUAGUAGGCUCUGCGAAAUGCAACCUUUUUGACGACGAUUGGUCGAAAACCAAACAGUCAUUAUUCAAAGUGUCAGCAUACACAAAUCAACAUCCUGUCAUGACAUCAUAUUGUAGACAUGUGGUUUUACCUUUGUGGAAAAACACGUGUUUUUUUCUGUCUGAAAAUCUGAGAAAGUCCUUAUUGUAUUUCUCUGCCCUUUAAAUGUUCAGAAACCAGGUCACAGAUCUGCUUUGUGUGCAACAGUUCUUGAGCUCUCAAAGUGGUCAAAAAUGGUGUUCAUUCAAUUUUGAUCUUACUUGUAUGUUACAUUUAUAUUUGCCUUUUAGAUCCAACACCAUUUUAAAGACAUUUAGCAGUUUUAUGAAUGGAAGCUGAUUGUUUUGUCCAUUUGUUUUUUUCAUACGCAGUAUCAGAAAGUACUGUUUUUGAAGCAGCCUUUAAAGACACUUUUGGCCACUACCCUCGAAGCUAAUUUCAUUCAGCAAAGUGAAAUCAAAUUAUAUUGUGAGUAGAACCACAAAUAGAAAGUCUCAAGACACCAUGCCUAAAAACACACAAGAAGUCUGUCAUUCUGAUUUCAAGCAGUCAUUUUUGGUUUAAUUUCCAAUUUCUCAAUGGUCCUUAAAAAACAGCUUGUCCCAGAUGUUUUCUUCAAUUGCUUCUAAAUUUGAACCACAGAUACAAGACAUUACGUUCUCGUCAUGUGUGUCCAUCAUCAACUGGUGACAGGCCAUACAAUACGAAACUCUGAGCUCCCCAAGUUAAGAGGUCAAACAAACAUCUCGUUUCUUCUGAAAUAAAGUCAUAAAGCAAGUGCAACAUUUGAAACAUGUGUUUUGCCCUUUGGGCAAUGACGAUAGAUGUUUUAUAUUUUUUUUAUAUAUGCCAAAAUGCUACUUCUCUUUGUUAUACUGUAUUUAUAAAAGCAUUGUAUGGUCAAAUUUACAUUCUAUUUUUGUAUGUGCCUGUGAAGAAGGUGGUCACUGUGCUGCUCAGCCUUAUGAAAAAGAAACACCACCAAAUUCUUGGGGAUUUUUCCUUGUCCAUACAAAAAGGUAAAUUAUGGCACGUGGCGAGCGGUGCCUAGCAACAGCCCCUGCUAGUCCACUAUCUCACGGACUGUGUCGGUGCUAGCGAACUGUGAUUGGCAGCCUAAUCAUUUAAAUUCAGCUUCCAUUUUGUUGUUGUUUUUUUAAAGGCAGCUGCCGGCGUCAAGUGACCGCUGUCACUCGCCUUUUCCUGACGAGUUGAACUAAUGACCCGACACUUGACCCCUUUUCACCCCCUCGAGCUGUUGAACUUUCCCGCCGGGUGUCAGUGACACUGCCGCGCGACUGAGUUUGCAAUUUGACGCAGUUUGGCCACCAUCUAACUCCAAUACACACACUGACUUGCAUCCUUUUUUUUUUUUUUUCUUUUGGCACCGUCGCUGGCUUGACUUGACUUGCCCUCGAUCAAAUAAAUGAGCAGCUGAGAUGUUUCAUAACAAA